UUGAAAUAUUAUCCUAGAUCUACCUGUACAUUACACCUAAGUAUUUCUUCGUUUGUUUCUGAAAUUUCAGCGUUAUUAGUAAAUCUCGGUGUGGUUUCUGUAUCGAAAUCUACCGUUAUCACAACAGUUGUGAUUCUUAUUACCAAUUUUUUCCGGCUGUUUUUGUAUCCAGUAAAUUCUCGGUGGAGUUCUUUUAGUAGCAAAGUUUUUAGCAAGUAUUUAAGACAUUUGGAGAAGUUACGUCAAAUAUGUUACAUUUGUUGUAGAUCCGAUUCUGAUACUUAUUUCGUUGGCAGUGGGGCGGAUGAGUUGUUUGCUGGCUACGCUCGCCAUCGGACGCGAUUCGAGUGCGGUAGCGUCGAUUCCGUCGUGGAGGAAUGCGAAGCUGAACUGCAACGUCUAGGCUGUCGAAACGGUGGACGAGAUGCGAGAGUGGCUACAGUCUCAGGUUUUUCCUGUUAAUCUUUUGCGUUGGUGAGAAGUUGAUAGUAAGACAGGUUCUUGCUCACCUGGGAGCUCCGCACAACGCGCCGAAGCACGCAAUGCAAUUUGGCUCAGGUUAUGUCAAAUUACAAGAGGAUAAAACAUUGAAAGUAAGCUUAAUUGUUUUGAUGCUUUCCGAGAAAUCAAGUGAAAGUAUGUAUUAG